AUGGGAGGAAGGAAAUGGUUUAUAGAACUAUAUCCGAAGGGCGAUUCUAGAGCAGAUGGCAAAUGGUUGUCGGUUUAUUUGUGUUUAGCUGAUAGUGAUAAACCGAAAGCAGAUGAGAAGAUUUUCAUGCAAGGACAUGUUGGAGUUUUAGACCCAGUUGGCUCAAAACACUUUUCACGCACAGGGAAACGCUGGCACGCCGAAUCCAGCAGAGGUUGGGGUUGGGUUCAGUUUUUGUGUUUAACUGAACUUCGGAAGCUUUACUUGGACAAGGAAGACACCUUGAAACUUGAGAUCGAAUUCGAAGUUGUUUCUGCUACCAAAUACUCUCCCAUUAUCUAAUCUCAGAAUACUAAUUAUCUACCACUCAGUCAUUUUUCUACUAUGAUUAUUAUACAUUAUACUAUGAGACAAGGCCUUG